CAAAGUUGUAUGUAAACGGGCCUUUAAGCACCGUCGACGCUGGCAAUGGCUUUGACGGUGUCUGUGACGCAAUGGACGAUGUGUACUUUCGCUUUAAAACUAUCGAUAGUACGAUCGAUAGUGUGAAAUCUCUAAUCCGUAUAAACAAAUCCGCCAUUGUGAAUAACAACGCUAGAGGAUUUUUCGGUACGAUAGUCGCUGUAUAUUGAUAUAGUCGGCGCGGAGCUUUGUGAAAUAUUUUAAUUAAACAUAAUUAUUCAUAAUUAAAUUCCCAAAUAAAAUGACUUGUCGAUUGUGCUUAGAUAAACCGGCAGAGGUUAUGGAAAUUUUCGACGAAAAUGGUGGAUUAGUUGAAGGGGGUGCCAUAGAAAUUAUAGAGAAAUACUUCCAAAUCCAGAUACAGUUCAGGGACGAAAUCUCGAAUAAAAUUUGCUUGGUUUGCUGGCGUUAUCUUAAAGAAUUCCACAAAUUUUGGUUAAACAUUAAAGAGAAGCAACGCAUACUGCAAAUCGCUCUUGAUUGUACUCGGAUUCAAGGAAAGGCGACAGAAGACGAUUCAUAUGCACAAAAAAAUUCAACAAUUGACAGAAAAAAUGAUAUAUUUUCUGAGCCUGAGUUAAACAUAGUAGAUAUUAAGAAUGAACCCAACUUAGCUGAAGAAUUUGAUGAUGAUUGUAUGAAUGAAGAUUCCCCUUUAUUGUCUCCACAAGCUUCCGAUGAAGAGAAAAAAAUGGAUGGGUUGGAAAAUCAACUGAAAGAGUGGAACUGCUUGGAUGUGUUGCCGAUGUUGACAGCAAACAAAGUGACUGUGGAUAGGUUAAAAUACCUUUGUGUGGAGGACAUUAAAGAUAUGAUACCUGCUAUUGGAAUCCGAGCAGAAUUCAGGAGCAAAUUAUUAACUUGGAAAAAAAGAGAAUUCGAAAUUGAUGAUGAAAACAUAUCUAUAGUUACACCAAUCAAAAGUUGGCUAUCGGAAAGCCAAAGACCCGACGAAUCUCUUUCGAAUCCAAGUGUACGAACGAUAUUAGAAGCUCAAGAUAACGGGAGAGCUAUUUUGGAUUUCUUUAAAGCAAAUAGGUUUAUAAUGGAAGUUCAUCGACAGGAGUUAAUCGUACUAUUAUUGGAAAAUUUUUUUGCGUGCAACUUGAAAUUACAAUGUAAAGAUUUCUCCUACAUAGUUCAACAAAUUAUCAAUAUUUUUCCAACUGAAAAAAAAGACUAUUACUUCAUUCCCAGAGGACCGAGAAAAAAUCCUGGAGGAAAAUUGUAUGAUAAGUAUCACAAUUUCAAGACCAAGCGGCGUAAAAUUCAAAAAUGUCUGACUUCUUACGAGGAAAAAUGCGACGUGGAAGAGUUUGAUGAAGUGCAGCUCAUUGAAUUGAAAAAUUCUUUAAAAUCGGAACCAGCACUUAGCAUUAUAGCGGACAACGGUGGGUUUACUAUAUCAGAUGUUUGGAAGCGAACUCUUCCACUACGUCAAAAGGGCCCAAGAUGGACCAACGACAAUAACGAUUUUUUACAUGAGUGGCCAUCUUUCAAACAAGCUUUCGGUUAUAAAUUGAUUGAAUAUGACUUUGACGAAAAAUAUCCCGACAGAGGAAAUAAACUACUGGAGAAAUGGACAACUUUUAAACACCAAAUUCGCAAGUUCUAUGAAGUAAACAUCAAAGAUACGAAGUCGAGAGAAGAGUUUUCUGUGUGUAAAGAGAUCCGAAAUUCAAGCGGCGAGGAUUACAUUCUUGCGAAAUUGCUCAACAGCGUAAUUGUUCCUACAGCGCGGUUUAAAAAACCGAAUGGUGAAGCUAGGGGUAAAUUCACUAUAUCUGACGGACAAGAAAGUUUCGCCUUGUACUUAACUUGUAUAAACAAUUACAAGACAAAAUUGAACGAAAUCAGGAAGAAAUGUAUAGAAACUAACGCCACAACACAGCCAACAGUCAUUGUUGUCGGUCCCACUCAAUACAAUUUAAAAAAAUUUUAUCUUUCCAUCGACGAAGUCUUACAUGAAUUCGAUUCAUUUCCGAAGUGCUUAUCUGCUUGCUUUAAAACUUUUCAUAUUUUAAAUUUACCUUACCCAAGCGCAAGUCAAAAUGCAUGGUUGUUUAUACAGCAACUUUUUUUUGAAAUUGAAACUGAAUUUGACAAUCCAUCUCCGGCACUUUCCACAGUCGUUAAUUUUGUAAGACAUGCGAAAUAGAUUUAUUAUUAAUUUGAUUGGUAACCCGUAGCCAUGUUUAUUUGGUUUAAGUGAAUGAAAGAUUUUAGUGUGACCAGCGAUCUGUUGUCAUUUUAAGAUAAAACAUUUUUUAACAUCACAUGUUAGGCUUAAGUGCGCCCAAGCUAACAUAAAAACUAUGUGGUACUACAUAAAAAGAGUACAUAAACACAAAAAGUAUACAAUAUCCCAGUCAUUUUAUAACAAAUAUGUUUUUAUGCACAAUAAAAUCUUUUUUUGUACUGAUAAUAAUAUUUAUAUAUAUUGUAAUCAGGGUUGGCACCUCACGAAAUCGAUUGCGUUGCCAAAGCCCAGAAAAAUCUUACACCCUUAUUCUGGAACCCGAAUUUUCGUCAUUCUUAUUUUUUAGUACGUUACGUAAAACAAAAAAUCGACAUGUUCCAACCCUUGCGGAAACCUGUGCAACAUUGCCAGCUAUCAGUUGUUUUUCGAAGACAGAUGUAUCAAGGAAAACAAAGUGGAAAGGAAUUAAAAAACAUUGAUCAAGUGCUUAUAUAUGGUAAAAUUGUUUGGUUUUACAUAUUUUGAAGGAAACGAUUCUAUUGCAUUUGCAAUUAUAGCAGCAGAGUAAGAGCGCGCUAUG